AUGAAGCCCGCCACCACGCUCAUCAUCGGCGCCAGCAUCCUGGCCACCACUGCUGUCGCUCGUCCCACGGGUUGGAAACAUCCUAAUACUGGGAUCUCCGAAUACGAGUCCAAUCACGAUAUGAUGCGGGACAUGGCGAUGAAAGAUCCGCUCGUGUGGCCGAAGCCGUACAACUACCCGUCCGAGCAGGACAACCCGCGCAAACAAGACAUAAACCGCACCUCUGCUUCCGACAAGAAAAAUGAGGACGCCGGCAAGAAGGUGGACGAUAGCAAGAAGAGUGCGGACGCCAGCAAGAGUGCAGACGCCGGCAAGAGUGCGGACGCCGGCAAGGACAAGGCCGACACUGGAAAGCGCGGUAUCAACGCCGUGCGGGCCGACGAAUUUGCGGUUAAUCAGCGAAUGGAGGAAACGGCGAAGAACAGGGUCGAUACCGGAAAGCGCGAUAUCAACACCGUUCAGGCUGACGAAUUUGGGGUUAACCAGCGCAUGGAGGAAUCGGCGAAGGACAGGAUUAUUGAUUGGGCACAUGUGGAAUAA